UUAAAGUACUGACAGCUUGUCAAUAUGUACAUAACCAUGACGCGGACCUGGUGCUGUCACGGCGUCAAGAGAUGUGAGGAUGGGUGGAAUUAAAUAAAUAACACCAGUGGCGUACACACGGGGGGGGGGGGGUGUUCAAACCCCCCCUUGAGUAUUUUUUCAGUUUACGUAAUUACCUACGUAAAAAUGUAUAAUAAUAAUAAUGACAAUUUGAAAAAAAAUUAAUAGUACUAAUAAAAAUAAAUAGUUAAUACAAAAUUAAAUUAGGGGAAUUUCAGUGUUACCGUCACAAUCGAGUUUCGAUUAAAAAUGUACGAGAAGACCGUUGGCACCGAAGUUAUUAUUACAUAUGGGAUAUUCCAAAUUAUAUUCUAUUAUAUUUUAACUUAUAAGCAACGCAGUUUGUUAUAGAUAUUAUUGAUAACUGGUUACAAAUUAAUGAAAUUAUUGGGAAUUUUGUUCAAACACAAACAUGAGGGUCGACAAUCGAAGAAUAUUUAUAGAUCUGUGUAAUCUGAUAUAAAUAUACGAGUAUAAUAUGCCUUAAUAGCUAUUAUAUUGUAGUAUAGAAAUUAUUUCUUAGUUUUCAAUUGAAUUCCUGACGCUUUGGACGUUUAGUAAAUUGUACUUACUGUUUAAAUAUUUUAUAAAACAAUAAAAAUGAAAAGAAUAAAUGAAUAUUUUUCUACUAAUACGAAUAAAAGAAGUUCCGUGCCUGCUAUUCCAAUAGUAGCAGAAGAAUCAUCACUAAUUUGUGAUACAAUUAACUUGGAGGAACCAGGUAAAUAUUUAAUAUAUUAUAUUAUCAAUUGUAUUAGAUCAUUCCUUGAAUCAGAUUCACGUAAUAAAUAUUUAAGCCCUAGGAUACAAAAUGAAGUGAUAGCUAUAUGUGGUGAUUUAUUAUUAAAGAAAAUUGUUGAAAAAAUCAAUGUAUCCAAAUGUUUCUUAGUCUUGGCUGAUGAAACAACAGACAUUUCAGUUACAGAACAACUCACAAUAUGUGUAAGAUACUUAAGUGGAACGGAGAAUGAUGUACAAAUCAAUGAAGAUUUUAUCAAGUUUGUUGAGAUUCAUAGUUUAACAGGAGUUGAUUUAGCAUCUGCAAUUCUUAAUGGUCUCAAUGUUAGUGGUAUUAACUGUGAUUUUUUGUAUGGCUAAGGGUAUGAUGGGGCUGCGAAUAUGUUCGGGCAAUUUAAAGGAGUAAAAUCUAUUAUACAAGCAAAGUAUCCUAAGGCAUUGUACUUGCACUGUGUUGCCCAUUCCUUAAACUUGGCAGUAUCCUCUGCGUGUGAUUUACAACCAAUUCGAAAUUGCCUUGGGGUCAUUGAAAAAUUGUAUUGUUUUUUUAAUACACCUAAACACAAAAAUGCACUUUUUGAAGCUAUUAGUAAUAGUGAUUUGAUACCAAGCAUAAAAUCAUUAAAACGUUUAUGUGCAACCAGAUGGAUUCAAAGGUAUGAUGCCGUUAAUGAUUUUGUUCAGUUAUUUCCAUACGUUGUAGUUUCAUUAGAAACUAUGUCAAGUUGGAAAGAUGUAACUGCAGUUGAAGCUAAUAUGUUAAGAAAUACAAUAGACUCAGAAUUUCUUAUAUCAGUACAAAUUAUAAAAGUUUUAUUUUCAUAUGGGCUGCCAUUGUGCAAACAACUACAAAGCAAAGACAUUGAUUUAAAAGAAAUGGUUGGUUUAGCAGAAGAUAAUGUUAAUGCUCUUAAAGAACUAAGAACUAAUAUUGAACCUGAAUUUAAAAAAAAUAUUUUAUGAGGCUCAAAAAAUGGCUGAAGUUCUAGAUUUUCAAAUUGUAGCAAAAAGAAUAAACAAAAGGCAAAUACACCGUGCUAAUCCAUCAUUAUCAUCCGAAGAACCAGAAGAUUAUUUUAGAGUUACUAUUUGUAUUCCUUAUAUUGAGUCAUUCAUAAAUCAACUAGAGCUCAGAUUCUUAGAGCACCAAAAUAUUUUUAAAGGUUUUCAUUGUUUAUUUGACAACAAUGAAGAUUCUAAUGAAGCUGAUUUUGAAUCUCUCGUUUCAUUCUACUUGCCUUAUAAUGAUUUGUCUACCACUCUUGGUGAACUUAAAAUGUGGAAGCUAAAACUUGCCCGUCUAAAUUUUAAACCAUCUAAUGGAAUUGAUGCAUUACAACUUUGUAGUCCCGUGAUAUUCCCAAGUAUUCAUAUGUUAUUAAAAAUUCUAUGCACAUUGCCGGUAUCAACAGCUACUCCAGAAAGAAUGUUUUCAAAUUUAAAAAGAGUAAAAUCUUAUUUGAGAAAUACUAUGAAAGAGGACAGAUUAAAUGGAUUGACCAUGUUGUCGUUAUACCGUAAUAUAAAUUUAACUCCUGAAGAAGUCAUUGAUGAGUUGGGAUAAAAACCCAGGAGAAUAGACAUUGUUUUAUGAUGAAAAUAAAUAUUAGUUUAACAACAUAUCAUUUUGAUUUAUCAAUGUAUAAUAUAUAAUAUAUAUAUAUAUAUGUGUAUAAUUUUUUAUAUGUAAGCCCCCCCCCCAUUGAAAAUAGCUGU